CACUCUCGAGUAGCAUUCUUUAUAGCAAUGGCUACUGCUCCUUCACGGCGGGGCUUGUCUUUGAUCGUCUCAAUUCACUCCUCUAGAGCAGCCCCAAUUUCAUACAGGAUAUCUCAAUCCCGCAGCUUCAUCUUUUCACCCAUUUCGUCCGCAUUCGCGACAGGCAACGUCCGCUCUGCCACGUCCACGGCCACUGCCCCAAAAGCCACGUCUACAACCAGCACAGCGUCCAAACCUGCCACGACCUACCGGGCAGCACCCUCCACUUCCUCCACUCAAAGAACAGUCGUUCCCACGUUUGGCGCCGCCGCAGAGCCUCCGCCGCCUACCGCUCGAAGCACUUCUGUUGAAGCAGCUGCCAAGCAAGCACAAGCACAGCGAUCGCUUACCAAUGGACUAGGUGAUGAGCCGCCGGAGCUGGUAGGCGUUCCUGCUAUUGACUGGACACGGUCGUACCAUGGAUUGGGUGGCGGCGCGUUUACAAAAGAGCAACAAGAUAUACUACUAGCCCCCAUUGAGCAAGACGAUGUCGAGGUGAAGCCUGAUGGGCUGUUGUAUCUGCCUGAGAUCAAGUAUAGGAGGAUAUUGAACAGGGUGUUUGGGCCCGGAGGUUGGGGAUUGGCGCCGAGAGGAGAGAGUAUUGUGACGGGGAAGCUGAUUACGAGGGAGUAUGGGCUUGUGGUCCAGGGCAGACUUGUUUCCAUCGCCCGUGGCGAGCAGCAAUAUUUCGACCCCGACGGCAUCCCCACAGCCACCGAAGGCUGCAAGUCCAACGCCUUGAUGCGAUGUUGCAAAGAUCUUGGCAUAGCGUCCGAGUUGUGGGAUCCUAGGUUCAUUAGAAAGUUCACGAAGGAUCUAACUAAGGAGGUAUGGGUCGAACAUGUCACCACCAAGAAGAAGCGGAAGGUGGUGUUGAGGAAAGACGAUACCGUGAGAUACCCAUUCAAGGAAUCGAAGAUGUAGAUGGCCACGAAGACUUUUUGGACUACAAAUUAUGUAUGUGACGACGGCUCAUAGGAACAAUUACGCAAAGGCCAACCCGCGAGUAGAAUGCAUCUUUCGGCAUCAUGUUCAGAAGCCGCCGUCUAUCUAUGCUGAUGCAUAGACUGUAUUAUAUCAUCCCUCAAUGUACAUCUCAUGAGUGCCGCAAUUCCAUUCAUCUUGCGGCGA